UCCAGUCUCCAGUGCUGGCAGCUGGGAGCAGGAUCCUGCAGCUCUGUCUCCCCGUCCUGCUGCCUCCAUCCUCCUCCUCCUCCUCCUCAGCACCCUGCAGCUGUAUGGUGGAUCUUAUCCUGCCCUACCCGCUCCUGGCUGCCAUGGGGGAUCAGCCCAAGAAGAAGCCAGGCCUUGCGGUGUGUGUGGGCUGUGGGAGUCACAUACUGGACCAGUACAUUCUUCGGGUGUCCCCGGACCUGGAGUGGCACGCUGCCUGCCUGAAGUGCGCCGAGUGCAGCCAGUACCUGGACGAGAACUGCACCUGCUUCGUGCGGGACGGCAAGACCUACUGCAAGCGGGACUACAUCAGAUUGUUUAGCACCCGAUGCCCCAGAUGCCAGGGCACGCUGCCCCGCUCCGAGCUGGUAAUGAGGGUUGGAGAACGAGUCUAUCACACCGACUGCUUCCGAUGUUCGAUCUGUAGUCGGCGACUCCUUCCAGGAGAGGAAAUCAGCCUUAGAGACCAGGAGCUAUUGUGUGGGGCAGAUCAUAACAUUCCAGAUACCGGUAGAUCGUCAUCACUUAGGUCUCAUAUCCACAAGCAGACAGAAAAGACCACAAGAGUACGGACAGUUCUAAAUGAGAAGCAGCUACACACGCUACGGACAUGCUAUGCAGCCAACCCCCGACCAGAUGCCUUGAUGAAGGAGCAGCUUGUUGAGAUGACUGGCCUCAGCCCUAGGGUGAUCCGUGUCUGGUUUCAGAACAAGCGCUGUAAAGACAAGAAGAGAUCCAUUCUCAUGAAACAACUUCAACAGCAACAGCAACUCAAUGACAAAACUAGCCUUCAAGGGUUAACCGGCACCCCACUGGUAGCAGGAAGUCCCAUCCACCAUGACAGUGCUGUACAGGGCGCCGCAGUGGAAGUCCAGACCUAUCAGCCUCCAUGGAAAGCACUCAGUGAUUUUGCAUUGCAGAGCGACUUGGAGCAACCUGCAUUUCAACAGCUGGUAUCAUUCUCCGAAUCCGGUUCUCUGGGUAACUCUUCUGGGAGUGAUGUCACCUCCUUGUCCUCUCAGCUUCCUGACACCCCAAACAGCAUGGUCCCCAGCCCUGUGGAAACGUGAGAUCUUCAUAAUGGGACUGGGCAGCAUGGACCCUGCAUGAUACCCCUUGACACUCCAGAGAACAAACCCCAAGCACUCAUACUGCAGGAACCUCUCCUUAUCUUCAGGGCUGUGCAUCAGUCUGGAACCUGCACAUUUCCAACUUUUUACUAACAUUUGGGAAGAAAACAGGAAUUUAUGGUUCUUUUUUGAACUGGUCUCACCCACAACUCAUCUCAGAGGAGGAUGACUCUAAUGUGGCAGCAGUGUGAUCUCUAACUAUGGAAGGUAUCAUCUGCCUUACAGUGUUAAACUGGCUGAGACUCUGUCUUCUUACCUAAACCCAUGGGACUAAGAAAUAUUUAUACAUAUCAAAUGUUGAGACAUUUGGUGAACUUGGUAAUUUAUCUUGUGGAUCGAGGACUUUAUUAUCGAACAAAAGUAAGUUAUUAAUAUUUAUUGUCAAAACGCAGUUAUGAAAUGUUAAUAAAAAAUAUUC